UAAAGGUUGGAGUUGAAGAAAGGGAGUUCAUAUGGGAAGGCACUCUUGCUGUUACAAGCAGAAGCUUAGGAAAGGGCUUUGGUCACCUGAAGAAGAUGAGAAGCUUCUUAACCAUAUCACCAAACAUGGCCAUGGCUGUUGGAGUUCGGUCCCUAAACUCGCAGGCUUACAAAGGUGCGGGAAGAGUUGUAGAUUGAGAUGGAUCAAUUAUCUUAAGCCAGAUUUGAAGAGAGGCCCGUUCUCGCAACAAGAAGAAGAUUUAAUCAUUGAGCUUCAUUCCGUUUUAGGCAACAGAUGGUCACAAAUUGCUGCUCAGCUACCUGGACGAACCGACAAUGAAAUAAAGAACUUAUGGAACUCGUGCAUAAAAAAGAAGCUAAAGCAAAAAGGCAUCGACCCGAACACUCACCAGCCUUUCGUAGACAAAGAAAUCAGCAAUGAAAACAACAACAUUACCAUAUUAGAUGAUAAAAAAAUCCAUGAAAAGGCUUCAUCCAUUGAAGUAGUUCCAAACCAUUCAAGUUCCGACAUGUCGACCACUACUACUUACUUGAACGACAAAUCGGAGCACAUGGGUAUCCCUAUAACUAUUCCAAAUAAUAACACCAACCCUUUUGAAGCCAUUUCAAAUUUGCUUUUCCCCACUCCCAAUUCAUGUGAAAAUCCUCCUAUUGUAAGUUCGAACGCCUUCUCGUGGCAGCCCGAUGAGUUGCUUCAAACUGCCUCCGAUCUCAUGAGAAGUGAUUGGCGUCACCCGACCCUCCAACCCGAACUAUUAGGGCAACCGACUUACCCGUAAUUCUAUCAUAGCAAGGUACGUGUUAUGUUACUGUAUCUGUUUUAGAUCUAAACUUUCGUAAUUUUUCCCCACCAGUGAGCCAAAGUUACGUGACUUAUAUAUAUAUCAGAGAUUCGAGGUUAUGUGACAUAGUUCGUAUUCUUGUAAAAGAACCCUUUAAUUAAUUAGGGUUUCAAGAAACGAGACACUCGUAUCACGGUCAAAUAUGUAUUUUGUAAUGGGUUUUUGAGAGUGAUAAUAUAAAGUCCACAUAUUGUGAAAUUAUUAA